ACUUUCCGCUUUGUAGCAAGAGGAAUCAACACAAGAGAGCACUGUAGAGUCACCAGUCCGAGAGACAUGAAACAUCUAAACAAACUUCACACACCUGUGUAUGGAAUCAACUAGAGGAAGAUGUCAGGUAAAAUAGACCCAUCGACGUUCCUCUUCGACGUCCCGCCGGUGCUCAUGAGGACCUUCUGUAGGCUGAUGGACAGCGGGGUGGACGGUCUGGGUUGGAGAGCCUUAGCUGCCCUCAUCCUUCCCAGUCAGCUGGAGGUGAGGUGUGCUGAAAUGUACGUGGCUGCUGGGAAAAGCCCAACACAAGAGCUCAUGUGGUCGUGGGCCCAGCAGAAUAAAAGAGUGGGGGAUCUGCUGAAGGUUCUGGAUGAGAUGGGACACGCUCGAGCCACCAGUCUUUUUCAGUCACAAGACUCUUCAUCUGUGCUGAUGUCAUCCUCACCCCCUCUCUUUGCCACGCAUGUGCAAAAUACUGAGAAAUCCUGUCAAACUGCAGCUCUUCAUCCAGAGUCUAUUUCUGUUGAAGGUGAAAAACAGAAGUAUUGCAUCACAUAUUCAGAUGUCAUAGUGGGAACGAGACAUUUCCACCAGGACUUAAAAAUUGGAGAAAGCAUGUUCGCCGAGGUCUACUCUGGGAGAUGGGGAAACAGAUCUUUUGCUGUGAAAGUUUUCAAACAGGAAAAUAAAUCUAAUUGGAAGGCAUUGUGGGGAAAAUUCACCAAAGAAAUCGAAGUUCUACAACUGUAUCAGCAUCCUAAUAUUUUGGAGUUAUGGGGCAGCUUUUCAGAGGCGGAUCGCUUCUGUUUAGUUUAUCCGUACCUUCGUAAUGGAUCGUUGUUCCGCAGGCUUCAUGAGGAAGUUGACAGGCCUCUAUCAUGGCAGGAAAGACUGAACAUCAUAAAAGGCACCGCAAAAGCAGUCCACCAUCUACACACUGCACAACCGUGCAUGGUUAUUUGUGGAAAUAUUACGAGUUCAAACAUACUCUUGGAUGAGACCCUGCAGCCCAAAUUAUCAGAUUUUGGAUUAGCUCAUCUGAGACCCCAGUCUGUCAACCAGAGCCUCACCAUCGUCAUGGAUACCGGCUCCCAUAGCAACCUUGGCUAUCUCCCAGAGGAGUACAUCCGUGAUGGGAAGCUGUCUGUCAAACUUGACGUUUACAGUCUUGGCAUGGUUAUAUUAGAGACAUGUACAGGACAGAAGGUGAAACAGGAGACGGCAAAGAACAUGUUUCUGAGAGACGUACUGCAUUCAGAGUUUGAGGAAAAAGGCUCUGUUGAUGCCUGUCUGCGGUUUUUAGAUCCCAAAGUUGAGCACUGGCCUCCUGCGGUGGCACUUAGUCUUCUCCCAAUCGGACUAGAGUGCACAGGCAGCAGAAUGAGAGUCCGGCCGACCAUGGAAAUGGUGCUUCAGAAACUAAGCCAACUUCUUCCCAUGCCUGAACCCCCUGAGGACCAACCACACACCCUAGACGAUAUGAUAUUCCUUCACCCGCCAUACAACGGCCACAGUCCGGGUCUAAGCCUCCCUAUUGAAGAUGAUGAAAUGUGCAGCCCUGUGGAAGCCAGAGUUCCCAAACUGGGAGAACCCUGCGAGUGCAGCCAGUCUGAAGUCACUUUUCAGAGUGUGGGAGAUCCUGACUUGUCGCAUUCCCCUAGGGAAUCUCUCCAGGAAAAUGACAAAGUGGUUUCAGCAUCACAAAAUGUGCAGGCAGACCCUGCACCUCACCUGGACUUAUAUGGGAGUUGGCCUGUGGAGUGCAGCUGUACCACUGGAGCCGAAGUGCAGGGGUGUGAGGACUGCUGCGCCAAUGGCUUCAGUCGGUCGGUUUUUUAUGUCACUCUAGAUGAUGAUGACCUGCCCUCUCAGAAUGACGUCAGGAAUCCAGCAAAAGAGAAAAUGAAGAAUAAAAUUCACCUGUACAACCAGGGGUUAAUAAAUACAGAAGAACUUUUAUCACUUAAGUCAGAGUGAUUCACCCGGGUCGGAUCUCUGUAAAAAAAAAAAAAAAAAA